GUAAUUCCCUACAUCUGAGAAACAGCUUUGUCGUGCUCCUUGUUACAGGACACGAUACGGGAUCGCUGCCGACGACUCCUCGAAAUCAGAUUUCAUAGAGAUAACGCCAAAAAUGUGGAUUGUCUUAAAUCACGCUGUUUCGUUUGCUAAAUCAUUUCGAGAGGUGCAACAUAAAGAGGAAGUAGAAGUUUAUCACAGAACAAUUUUAAGAAACAAAGAAGAAUAAUUUUAUUAGAUUAGGUUACAUUUUGGAAGGUUUACGUAUUCUGAGUAUACAAGAAGACCGUGCGUUUUGUAAAUAUAACGUUUUGUGCCUGCAAAAUGAGCGACGGAAUAAAAAAAGGAACAACCAUAUAUACCGGCAAACCUUUUGCCUUUGUUGUCAAAUCGGAACACAGGACUACGCGAUGUGAUAAUUGUUUGAAGAGCGAGAAAUUAUUAAGGUGUACUGGUUGUCAGUAUGUAUAUUAUUGCGAUCGCAAUUGUCAGAAAAAAUCGUGGCCGAUACACAAGGCAGAAUGUGUACAUUUGAAGAAGAUAUUAUCACAAGGAUUACUUAUCAAAAAUAUUGAUGAGAUCCGACUUGUAGCACGUAUAAUUAUCAAGCUUAAUCAAGGUGGAGCAGAUGAAAUAGAUUAUUACAAUGAAAAAAAAUUGAAAUUCAAGGAUCUGAUGUCUCAUUAUUCUGACAUAAAGGCAGAUACGAAACGACAGCUACAUUUUAGCUUAUUAUAUGGAAUGUUAUUCCAAUUUCUUGAUAAGACACUUGUGCCUGACUUUGAGGAGGUGAUGGGUAUUUGGGGCAGGAUGUGCACGAACUACUUCUCGAUAACAAAUGACCUAGAUUCCAUUGGAAUUGGCAUUUAUUUGGGAGCAUCUAAAGUGGAUCACAGUUGCAAACCUAACGCAACCUUUGUUUUUGAAGGAACCACGAUCAUCAUACGGACAAUAAUGGAUCUUCCCUCUUUAGACUUGUCACAAAUAAGAAUAGCAUACAUCGGUUUACUUCAUUCUAAGAAGAAAAGACGCGAGCUGCUGCACAAUAUGCACUAUUUCUGGUGUGAUUGCGAAAGAUGCAAAAAUGAGGAACCAAUGGCCAAAGCAGCUGCGUGUCCAAAUUCAUCGUGCGAUUCGCCAUGUUCGAUUGAAGCUGACGAAUGCGAAAAAUGUAGUACUAAAAUAUCUAUAGAAUUCAAAGAGACAUUUCAAAGAAUUUCUGACUUCACCGCUAAUCAUUUAAAAGAGUUGGAUCGUUUUGAUAAUGAGAAAAUAAUAUUCUUAAGUAAGACAUAUUUGAAGAUGCAAAAGGGUGUAAUGCACAAGUUUAAUGUACAACAUAUCCAGACUCUCUUUACGAUACAUAUCACCUCUUUAAAUCUGGAGUGGUUUAAAGAUGCAGAAUUAUAUGCCAAGAAACUCUUGCCAGGAUUAUUAUUGUAUUACGGAGAAGUAUGUCCUUUAAUAGGACUACUGUAUUUCACAAUAGGAAAGCUAGAGUUGCUCAAUAAUAAACCGAAAGAAGCACUUCAAACACUGAGCAAAGCAGACACGUUGUUAAGGAUAACACACGGUGACAAGCAUUCUUUGGUGAAGGAGAAACUAAUGUUUCUUAUUUUUAUUGCUAUGAAAGUCGUUCAUAACAUGUAGCAAUCUUUUAUCAUUUUUUAGUUGCAAACUUUUUUAAACAUUUUUUAAAACAUUUAAGAUAUUUUAUUAGAAUAUACUAAUUUAUUAUAAUUUUUCAAACAUACAAAUCAGAAAAAUUAGAUGACAUUAAAAUUUUUGUUUUAUAUUAUGUAUUAUAUUUUGUAUUAUGUUGUCUAUGAUUUGAUAGACAAAUUAGAAUAUCAGACAGAAAUCUAAGAGUGCAUUUGCAUUCUGAAUGAAACCCGUUAAGUAAUAUUAACAAAUUUAUAAAACAAGUAUAUUUUUAUUUUGAUACUGUUUCUAUACAAAAUGUAUAUAUAUUUAUGUAUGUAUGUAUACACACAUACACACACACACAUACACACACACACACACACACACACACACACACAAUAUACAUAUGUAUAUAUGAGGCGUUCUUUGUGAAAUUGCCUCCCCCCCCACCUGCACAUUUUAUUUCUUGAGAUAAAUAAAUGUUCAAGUGCUAAAAA